AUCCCACCCAACCCCGCAGGGUCUCGCAGGGUGAACAGACCCCCCUCCCCAAAAAACACCCCCUUGGCAUUGCUUUGAAGGGGGGGAGGACUCUUUCUGGGGGGGGGGAGGACCAGCCAUGCCCUAGAUGAGCCCUUAAUUGGAAAGGAGGGACAGGCUGUGUGAGCUGAUCAUUGGGGAGGGGGCGCAGCUCCAGACACCCCCCCUCCCCUUUCCUGCUGCAAAGUGAAGGGAGAUGUAGUUGGAGGAAGAAGCCAGAAAGGGCAGAGCCCCUUCCUCCUCCUCCUCCUCCUCCUCUUCUUCUUCCACCUCCAGCAAGAGCGAGGGGAGUGGUCUUGCCUGCAUUUGAAAAGGGGAGGGUGGGUGUUCAGGCAACUGAGGAAAAUCUCAGUGGUGGGCAGAAGAGGAGGAGGAGUCAAGAGGAAGCCAGGAGGGCUAGUGGGGGGGGGGGACUGGAGGGUGCACCCGCCUAGGGAAUGCCAAUGCUCUUAUCCCAAAUUAGGGGUGCAGGAGGUGUCCCCCCCCAAUAGGUUGUGUGUGUGUGUGUGUGGCCCAGUGUGUGAGCUCCCUCUUUGAUUACUGCACGGUGGGCAGAGGGGGGGUGGGUGGGUGAGAACUCUUCUCACAUAUCAUCCCCUUGUUUUCUCCCAAGGGCAAAGCAGGAAAUAGUGGAGGAUAGAACUGGAGAGGGGGAGAGGUGUGUGUGUGUGUGUGUGAGUGUGUGUUUGGGGUGGGGGGGAAACCGCUGCUAUGAAUUUGUAAUAGCCUCUUUGGGGAGAUUGGUCCGCCCCUCUUCCCCUUUUUCCACCCCACUCCUCAUUUUUGUUGGAGAGGGGGGGGGUGACUCGGAGCCGCACGCAACACACAGAUCCUUCAGCAACUGGCUGGAUCUCCUCUCUGUGUCUUCUUCCCCCCCCUUCCCUCACUUCCCACCAUGACAACAAAUCCAGCAUUAGAAUCGCCAUCCACCCCAUGGCCACACAGCAGGCUGCUGAUGGACGGGGAAGAGUCUUUGGUGCCUAGAUGCGCUUCCCAAAGCCCAGAGAGUAGCUGAAGCGGGACAUAGCCAAUGUCGUCCAGCAAAGGGGCAGGGGCUGGAGCUCGCCGGCGGCGGACGCGGUGCCGGAAGUGUAAAGCGUGCCUGCGAUCAGAGUGUGGGGAGUGCCAUUUCUGUAAGGACAUGAAGAAGUUUGGGGGUCCUGGACGCAUGAAGCAGUCCUGCCUGCAGAGGCAGUGCACAGCGCCAGUUCUACCUCACACGGCUGUAUGCCUGGUCUGUGGGGAGGCCGGGAAAGAGGACACAGUAGAGGGUGAAGAGGAGAAGUUCAACCUGUCACUCAUGGAGUGUACCAUUUGCAAUGAGAUUGUGCAUCCAGGCUGCUUGAAGAUGGGAAUCGCUGAAGGGGUCAUCAACAACGAAAUUCCAAACUGCUGGGAAUGCCCCAAGUGCAAGAGAGAAGGCAAAUCAAUGAAAGAUUCAGGGGAUGGCACAGGGAAGCGGCGUUCGGACAAUGGUGAGGAAGGGGUCCGGUGGAAGCUGACUGAUGAGCCUGCUCAGAACAAGAAGAAAUUGCCACCAGCACCGCCUUUGCCCCCGCCGCCCUCUGAGGAGAGUCCAGUCCAGACGGGUGCUCACAAGCGGAAAAAGGAGCUCCCAGCCCCCGAGACGGGACCCAAGAAGAAGUUGAAAGGUACUCGGGAAAAACAUUUGAAAAAGGGCGCCGAGCAACCACUUGAUGGAAACAAAUUGGAUUCCAUGCAGACCUGGAGCCGCAUGGGCGGUGGUGACUUCGAGGUGAAGGGGGCCAUCUCCCACCCGUCCAUUCACCUGAGCCAGAUCACAGCCAGUGACUUAGAGAAACCAAAGGGACCACCGGGGCCUUUGGAGCCCUCUGCCCAGACAGACAAGUCCCAUCAGCGGGAGAAGUUGGAGCGCUUCAAGCAGAUGUGCCAGAUGUUGGAGCGGGUGAAGAACAGCAGCAGUUCCAGUUCUAGUUCGGACUCUGAUUCUGACACGGAUUCACGGGGCUCCGAUGGUUCUAGCGGAGGGGUGUCGAGCCGAGCCAACUCCCCAACCACCCGUUCGCAGCGCUUGGCUGCCUUGGGCUUCAGUGCCAGUGAGGACGAGGAGGAGGAGGAGGAGGACGAAGAGGAGGGUGGGCGGCGCAACGGCGGCUCGGAGACGACACGUAACGGGAAGCAGCCCAAAGCUCGGGGGAACUCUCAGGAGAAAGAGAACAAUCAUCGCCCGUCCAGCAGGGGGAGCGAACGGGCCAAGCAGCAGGCGGGAGGCCGGAAAGCCGGCCGGCCUGCUGGACAGACAGGGCUCCGCAUGGUAGCCCGGACUCAGUUUCUGAACUGGCCUUUGGUGCCGUCCCCUCCCAAGCCCCUGCUGCAGCUGGAGAGGCACGUGAUCCGGCCUCCCCCAGACAGCCCUGAACCCGACUCCCUGCCCUUGGACAGCGGCUCUGACCAUAUCGUGCAGCGGGACAUUUGGUUGGCCGUUUUCCAGUACCUCAGCUAUCGGGAGCUAUGCGUUUGCAUGAGGGUGUGCCGGACAUGGAGCCGUUGGUGCUGUGACAAGCGGCUUUGGACGUACAUCGACUUGAGCCAUCGGAAAUCUAUCACUCCCUCCAUGCUGAGCGGAAUCAUCCGAAGACAGCCAGCCAGUCUUGAUCUGAGCUGGACCAACAUCUCCAAGAAGCAGCUAAUGUGGCUCCUGAACAGGUUGCAAGGCCUUAAGGAGCUCAUCCUAACAGGCUGCUCUUGGUGCUCCGUGUCGGCCCUCGGCACCGCCAACUUCCCCUCCCUACAGCUCCUAGAUUUGCGUUGGAUUGAGGAUGUCAAGGAUUCUCAUCUCCGUGAGCUGCUUUUGCCUGCCACGGAUGCCAAGCCUGGCCAGACAGACAGCCGGGGCCGACUCCAGAAUGUCUCUGAACUACGGCUCUCCGGACUGGACAUCACAGACGCAUCUCUGCGCUUGGUAAUCCGGCACACCCCUCAGCUUGCCAAACUGGACCUGAGCCACUGCAACCAUGUAGGUGACCAGUCUGUUAACCUGCUGACCGCUGCUAAUUCUCCACUCCGAGAGACCCUCGCUGAACUCAACCUCACCGGAUGUAACCGGCUGACGGAUCAGUGUCUGCCCCUUUUCCGCCGCUGUCCACGCCUCUCCCGUAUCGACCUGCGUUCCUGUCACCACAUCACGACGGAGGCCUGUGCCCGAUUUGCCGAGGACUCGGUCUCCAACAGCGGCGCCGUGCCCCCCGCCCCUGGCGCAUCCUCACCUCCUUUUCGUUGCCCCGAGGAGAAAUUGCUGCUGAAGGACAGCUAAUACUCGCCCUGGGGUGGAGGCGCAGAAAGACUCAACUUCACCAGUCCGACCGUCGGACACGGACUCUGAGAGAACCUUUUUACUUAAAGCCAUGCACUGAACCGGAGUGGCAUCUCCACCCCCUUACUUGUGCAGCAAAGAGGGUGCGGGCGGGGGGGGGAGUCGUGCCCCCUUCCCUGGGCCUGGCCCGCUGUGGGCCGGGUGGCCUUUUGCUCCAUCCACUUGUUCCUGGACAGCCGCGGAGUAAGUGGGGGUCCGGGGUAGCCUUGUCGCUUUACAAUGCUGGGGAAAUGUGUUCCUCCCACCAUGCACUGCAUCCUCCCUCCCCCUCCCCCGCUUCCAAAUAUCCUUCCGUGCCACCAUUGGUAUACCCCGUUAUCUCGGGGCGGCAGGGGAGGGCGGGAGUUGACAUUCAGUCUUGAAAUGCUGGCUCGGGAGGAAGGCAGCUUCUUUGAUGGGGUCGGAAAGAUUACGUUUUUCCAGGCCUGUUCCUCGUCCAAUGCAAAUGUGCACUCCAACCUCAUCAGUCCUCCCCCCUCCCACAUGCUGCCUUGAUGAUUUUUAAAGGGUGCGUGCGUGCGUGUGUGUGCUUGUCAGCCUGCCCACCCAGUUCCUUUUCCUUUCUUCCCCAGUUGUGCAUCUGCAGUGUGGUUUUCCAAGGGGGCCAAGCAAGAACCAGGCAGCUGAUUUCCGAAUUCCUUUGCCCUGUCUUUUCCCACUGUGUACCUGCUGGGGCUCCCUCCUGCCUCUACCGCUGUCUCUUUCCCACAGCACUGGAUAGUUUCUGGAGCCGGCACAUCCAUUUGAUCUGCUUCCUGCAUCGGUGCCCUUUGUACCCCUAAUUCUCUCCUCGCCCAUCAAUUGGAGGCAGAAAACAUCUCGAUAGGUAUCUUUCCCUUUAGAUUCUCUUCUCCUUGCUCUCCCUCCCAGCCGAUCCCAGUAUGCAGCUGAGGCCUCCUGGGGAUGCAGCCCUGCCAAAUGUUGACACACACCCCUCCCCGGUGCCUCAUUGAAUGCCCACACCGUGAAACACAUGUGCUGCGUUCUAUACGCAGAGUGUACCUGCUGCUGUCUUGUUUACGCAUUUAAACCUACAUAUGCAUGCGCUCGCAAGCCACACAUGUGGACGGAGUCCCUCGCCAAGCUUUAGGCUUCUCCUCCUUUGCCAAGUUAAGUUUCAUCACACACACACACACACACACACACACACACACACACACACACACACGUCAGUGUGUGCCUUCACUGCUUUUGACCAGUGUGGAUAGCAGGUGGGGAAAUAAGAGUUUUGCUCACGGAGCAGAGGGACAAGGCAGAAUGCUUUGUCGAAAAGAAAGGAGUAAACUAGCAUGUGUGAAAGGGAGGCCCUAAACUUCCUGUCUCACGGGGCCUGUGUUGGGAUCCUUCUUGGAGGAAAGUCCUUAAAAUCAGCGCUUCCCUCUCCCUCCAAGCCCCCUCAGCCCUCGGGCAACGUGUCUUCUCAGCACAGUGUUUCUCAGCUAUUAAGAUGUGCGGACUUCAACUCCCAGAAUUCCCCAGCCAGCAUGAAUUCUGGGAAUUGAAGUCCGCACAUCUUAAAAGUUUCCGAGGUUGAAAAACACAAGUCUACAGUAUUGUUUCAGGUCGCUGGGCUGUUCCCAGAGGAAAUUCCCUCCCAGGCUGUUUUCAUCCCACCUUGGCAGGCUGGAUGGAUCCUGCAGCUCUUUUCAGCUCUGUUGUUCCACCUUCUGUGGAACCCCUUUUCCACAAGGCUUCCUAGCACUUCUUCCAAGAAGCAUCCUUCCUUCCUUCCUUCCUUCCUGUUUCUCCUCUCUUUGAAAUCUUCCUUUUAGACUCUGGACAGAAAAGUCCAUGCAGCUUCCCCUUUCUUGGUUUUUAAUCUUUUGGACCAUAUGCUUUAAUAACCACUUUGGGGACAGGGGGAGCAGGGAAGGAGGUCUGCCUGCAUUCCUUACCCACAGUGCCAACUAUUGUUGAGCAGGAGUUGGCCGGCCCUUCUCUUAAUUCCGGCCGCUCUCCGCAGCCUCCGAAUCUCAAACUUGAACCUCCCCUAUCCAGAUGUUCGGGUGUGCAUGUGUGUGUGUGUGUGUAUUUGCUUGGGUAUGUAUGCAUGUGGGAUCCUCCCCCUCUCUAUUUUCUUUUAAAGGUGUGGGGAGAGAAAUACUGUAGAAAAGAAAAGUGGUGCAAAUCGAAUGUCCUGGACCGACGCAGGGCCUGCUCUCGGUCCUUUAUGCUCCUUCUGCUUGGAGGCGGGGAGCACGUUGCUCAAUGCUGCUCUCUCCGUCCCUUUGGCCACGUUCGUCUUUUUGGGGUCAGGUGGGGACUCAUUCUCUCCAAAAGGUGCCCAAUUCUGUCCAUUUCGCUUUCACUCUUUCAUUUCUUCUGUCCCGUCUCUGUCUUUCCCACCAUCCCAUUUUAUUUUAUUAUUUUAUUUUAUUUUAUUU